AAAGGAAGCUAACGAAGUGCCGUACAGCGCGGAGUAUUGCUGUGCCAGCUGUUGAAGAAGUUGUUGGUGAGCAAAAAUGCAGAGCAAAGUUGGGGUAUACCACAGAAAAAUAGCAACAGUAGCAAAGCUAAAGUGAAGCAAACAAGUAAGCAGCGAAAGUAAAAUAACAAAAACAAAAAAAAAACCGAAUACAACAAAAGCAAUAGCAGCAAGCAACAACCAAAGCAACAUAGGUGAAGCAAAGAUACUAAACAAUAUGGAACUUGUUUCAAAAUCGAAUAUGAGCACCUUAGAGGAUCGUUCAACAAAAAGUAUGGAAAAACUAAAAAUGUUGGACAUAACACGAGACAGACCAGUCAAAGUGGCUGUAAAGGUGGCUGUGCCAGUGCGGGAUCAUCCAAAGUUCAAUUUCGUCGGUAAACUACUGGGCCCAAAAGGCAACUCCAUGAAACGUUUACAGGAGGAGACCAUGUGCAAAAUGGCGGUGUUGGGUCGCGGGUCGAUGCGCGAUCGCAAAAAGGAGGAAGAACUGCGCGCCAGUGGUGACAGUCGUUAUGCACAUCUAUUCGAAGAUCUGCAUGUAGAGAUUUCAACGUUUGCAGCACCAGCAGAAGCGCACGCACGCAUAGCGUACGCGCUGGCCGAAGUGAGGAGGUUUUUGGUGCCGGACUAUCACGACGACAUACGACAGGAGCAGAUGUGGGAGAUGCAAGCGCUGAGUUCCUCGUCAUCGCUGACCUACACCGAUGAUCAGCAUAGUCCCAAUCGCGGUGGUGUCACCGAUAUGGAUACAUCGAAUGAUGAGAAGCUGGAGAUGGAGCCUAACGGCAUGGAAUGUAAUACGCUCGAAAAAGCUGAUGCACAACAGGUGAGUCUGAGCAGUGAGCAGCAACAUCUCCAGCAUCAACAACAACAACAACAACACCAACAGCAACAACGCAAUUUGCAUCAUUUACUACACCAACCGCCGCCAUCAACACGAGGCCCUACUACCACAGUAGCAUUAGCGUCCCAUCACCACACCAAUCUCUUGCCAACCGGUACUGACGGUGGCCUAUGUCAGAAAUCAAAUGCCAGCAGCGCAGCAACUACAAUGAAUUCCUUCCCACUAGUGCAUCCAGCUGCAAUGACAGUUGCACUACAACACCAAUUGACCGCAGCCAGUAUUGGUAACAUGUUAAAGCCUACAGUGACUGCGGCAGGUGUGCCUACAGUGGCCGAUUUACACACAUCGGCGGCGCAACAGUCCAACACUGCCGCCGGCAUACCAUUACCCACGGAGGCUGAAACGCCCAUGGCAGCAACGUUGGGCUUGUUGGAUCCGCCCACCGGCGCGCUGCUGCAUCCGGCAUUGCGCAGUGUCAAGGCGAUUAAUAUUGCAGGUGGACUGGCACGCAAGCGGCCACUUUUGGGUGUGCCACGCUCUAGCAUGAAUCCAACUAAACGCACUGUAAUGACUUUGCUGGCCAGAGCUAAAAACUCGCAGGCUUUGCAUGCGGUACGAAAUCCAAUUGCAGCAGCCACAGCGGCCAGGUUCGCUGAUCCCUUACAGAUGCUUACCUCCCCAUUCAUCUUAUCGUCUCAGCCAAUGGAUCAGUCGAUGCUGACAUUUCCUAAGGAAAGCCUGGCACAAGGAGUCUAAGUAUUUAACACAAAAAAAGGUAUUUUGAAUUGAAAAAUUUUGAUCCUUAUUGAGCCCGCCUCCACCUACACACCAAUGUAUUACAAUUAAGAAAUCACAAAACAAUACAAGAAUAUUUAAUAAAUAUAUUUAAAAAAAACCAAAAACUCGCCCAACGCAAAUAUAAAUAAAAACUUCAAAACACGUGAAAUGUUAAAUAAAUGAAAAAAUAAAUUAUACAGAUAUUUAUACAAUUAUACCUAAACUUAUCGGAAUGUUGAAGUUGACGGACGACACAUUACGAGUAUUAUGAAGAAACACAUCUUUAGGGACUAACUGGCAACAUAAGUGUACACGACAAGUAACUUUGCAAACAAAAACCGAAAACAAAAACAAAAUCGCAAUAUAUUUUAUUUACACAUAAAAACUAAACACUUAAACUAUAUUACUAAAAUCAAAGCAAAAGGAAUAUAAAUAUAAGCAAUUACAAGAAAAAUCUUAAAACAAAAAUGAAAUAAAAAUGUCUUGACAACGCAAAAAUUUGUUUUACUCUACAUAUUCACAUUAUAAAUGAUUAAAAAAAAUCACAUGAAAAAAAUAUGAAUAUAAAUAUUUAAAAGCUAAACAUAUUACUUAAAUAUAGUUAAUAAACAUGGGAAAAUAAAUUAAGAUUUAAAAUAAACAUUACAAUUUAAUGUGGAAAACUUUAAUGUGAGACAUAAACAGCAAACGAAAUUACUUUAAAGCAUUACUUUAAAACAUUACAAAUUUUUAAAGAAAUAUUAUAUAUUUAUAUUGUAUUAACAUAAUUUUUUACGAUUUUAGACUUGCAAACGCAAUUAGUUUCAUGUUGCUAUGAAUGUGUGUACUAAAUAAAUAAAUAAACAAACAAACAAAUAAAUAUAUAUCUAUAUAUAUAUUAUAUGUACUUGUAUUGGUAGAGUAGGUGCAUGCAAUACCCACAAACUAAAUACAUACAUACAAACAUAUAUAUUAUACAAAAAAGCUGAGCGAUGAACAGGCGUUGCUUCCGUGAAGAGGAUACAGUGCGUCCUUAGCCGCCCAAGGCAAUGGUUUCAAAGCAAUGCAUGGAAGAGAAUGGAACCAAAUCGAUUUAUUGAUUAUUGACACAGUGGAAUGCUUUAAAAGAAAAUGCAUUAACGCAAUCAAAUAAAAUAAGAUUUAAUUUAUUUACAAUAAAUUUAUUCAUAAUAAAUUAAAUAAAGUAAAAACAAAAUUUAAUAAAAUAGAAGAAAAAUAAAAUAAAUUAAAGCAGAAUAAAAUUAAAGAAUACUUUAAAAUAAAAAUAAAAUAAUAUAAAUAAAAAAAUAAAUUAAAUUAAAUUAAAGGGAAAUAAAAAAGUU